AUGCCCAUCGUCGAAGCCACCUCCUGUCCACCACUCCCACCUAGCCAUAAUGGGAAUACCAAGAAAAUGCCCACAGACCCGGCAACGGGCCAAGGCCAACCACGCUGCCAAUAUAUGGGUCUGCCCAGCAACUUCAGAUCCCGACUACGCUGGACUUAUUAUGUAUGCUUCGCAACAUUGAAGCGCUCCGGAAAUGGAGGCAACAAGAAGGAGUCCAGUACGUAA